GACAUUGGUCCUGAAAGUCCAGCCAACAACAGACUUCGGACCAUCAGAGAAUUGUGUAACACUGUUCAAACUAAAAAGUUAGAGGAGAAUGCAAUUGAAGCUCUAUGGAACAGUAUCAAGGAUCUGGUGCAGCCUGGGACACCAUCGGAGAGUCGACAGAUAGCUCUCCAUUUCCUACACUCACUCAUAGAAGGACAGUUGCAGUACCUGGGUAUACUGAGGGCUCACUUCUUCAGUGUGAUAGAAGACCUGUCUAACCAUGAGGAUCUCUCACAAAGGUUAGAGUUAUUCAAGGCUCUGAGUGAGAAUGGCCGGAAUUUAGGAGAGUUUGAAGAAUUGGCAGGUCCCCUGCUGCUACGUAUGAUGCCAGAUGUGCUGGCUUCAGGAAACAUGUCCACAUUUCUACAGCUACUGGUCCAAACUGUUAAAUAUAAUGCAGCCUACCUUGAUGAAGAUGUCAUCUGUGGGCUUGUCAAACAAACCUGCAUGAUACCUAACAGAUCACGAUCUGAGGAGAAUAUCAAG